AUGAAGAAAUUUCUAACAAAAUCUAAAAAAUCUAUAUCUGGGGAUUCCACAAAUGAAGAUCUCACAAAUGAAGAAGAACAAUCAAGAUCUAUUAUACCCAGUAAAAGUAAUCAAUCAGAUAAUUCAAAUGAUUCAAUAAAAGAUUUAAGUCCAAUAUUUGGUAAACAAAAUACUUCACAAAGUACACAGCAUCAGCAACAACAACAACAUCAACAACCAGGAUUUUACGAUACAAGUUUAAAUUUAAACCCAUCAAUAUCAAAUUCAAACCGUCAACCAAUAAGUAUACAAGAUAGGAAUUCGAUUUUUUCAAGUAAACAAUCAUUUUCAACUAAGCAAUCAUCAUAUCAAAAUAGUUCACAACUGAAAAGACAACAAUAUCAAUAUGGAUUUGGUGGACAAUCAUUACAAGUUUUAAGAAUAGACGAAGAAAAUGUAAGUGGUGGUGGAGAUGAUAAAUUAUACAAGGAUCAAAUAUUUGAUGAAUUGAGAAAAUUAAGUCAAAAUUUAACAUAUAUUAUGUCACAAUAUAAUAAUUCAAGUACAAAUUUAUCAACAACUGUAAUUAACUCAAUAGAAUGUUUUAAAAAUUUUAAUUCACUAAUAAAAAAGAAUCAAGAAUUAGAUAUAACUUCAUUCAAUAAUUUAAAUCUAAGAAAAAUUAUAAAAAUCUACUUAAAUUUUUACGAUAACCUAUUAAAAGAUGAUGUAUACAUAAAAUUAAGAUUAUUACUAGUCAAACAUUUCAAUGAGUUUGCAACUAUAUUUAAUUACAAAUCUGGAGAUGAAAAUAUAGUAAUGAAACCUCAAAACUUCGCAAUAGGUUCAAGUCCCACAAAAAAUUUCCCAAAUGAAGAUGUUAUAAGAAGAAUAAUGGAUAAAAUGUCACAAACUAAUUUAUCAAUUAAUGAACAAAAUGGAUCUUUUAUUGCACCAAUAAUGAGAGGUGUUUCUUCAAAUUUAAGUAUUUUGUGUUUGUAUUUUGGAUACCCUGAUCCUCAAGAUAUUCAUUAUAAGUUAACUCAAAGUAUUCAUGAUUUAUAUGAUGAUAUUCAUGUUUUAGUUAUGAAAAAUCGUAUAGAAUUAGCUUCAUCUUCAUCUUCAGCUUCAUUACAACAUCCAGGAGAUUUACCAAAAUCAUCACCUUACUCUUCAGUACCUCCAUCACAACCAACUCAGAAAUUCAAACUACCAUUUAGAAUACCCACAGAUCCUUAUGAACCACCAAUGUCCAUAUCAAUAUCGACUGAAAAUUCAACUAGAGUAUCAGGAACAAUGGGUGGUUACAUUUAUCCAAAAAUCAACCUCAAAAAGCAACCACACCUUAAGAGCUACGCAAAUUCUAAAUUUGCCAUAUCUUGUGGUCAUGUAUGUUUAGAUUCAACAAAUCCAUCAAAUUAUCCAAAUAUUUCAGCACCAUCAUCAUCAUUAAUUUCAUUAUAUAAAGAUGCAUUAAUUACUCAAUAUCAACGUUCAAAUCAGCUAACUGAAGGUUCAAUAGCAUACAAGUCAAUAUUAAAUCAAAUGGAACAAAUGUUCCCAUCCAAAAAAGUUAAAAUUGUUGGUCCAAAAGGAGAUGAAAAAUAUGAUAUGAAAAACUUACCAAAAUUAAGAUUUGGACAAAUAAUAUGGGGUGAAAGAACAUUAAUUAACUUAAGUACUAAACCAAAUGAAAUUUCAGGUAUAAUUGAAAAAAAAUUAUCAGACCUUGCAAUUAUAAAAGUAAAUAAAUUAAUAAGAUGUAAUUCAAAUUAUUUAGGUGAUGAUAUUGCAUUCAAUGAAUAUGAUCCUUCAUUAAUAAUGGAAAAUUUAUACGUCAGAAAAGUAUUAAACCUUAAAAGAUUUGAACCUAAACUAAUUGAUGAAAACAUUCAAGAAAUAGAUUCACAAAUAUCUUCAAAUUCAGAAACAUCAGAAGAAUCCUACCAUGGCAUAUCAGUGUUCAAAUACGGUUCAACUACUCGAUACACUAGAGGAAAUUUAAACGGAAUCAAAUUAGUUUACUGGUUAGAUGGAGCAAUGCAUUCUUCAGAAUUUAUAGUUAAUUCAAUAGAUCAUAAUUCAUCAUUUGCAAGUGGUGGAGAUUCAGGUAGUUGGAUUUUAACUAAAUUACAAGAUCUUACACCACAACAACAAGGUUUAGGAGUAUUAGGGAUGUUACAUUCUUAUGAUGGUGAAUUUAAACAAUUUGGAUUAUUUACUCCAAUGUGUGAAAUUUUAAGUAGAUUAGAAGAAGUUACAAAUAUUAAAUGGGGAGUUGUUGGUUGUGUUGAUGAUAAAAAUGAUGAUAAUGAUAAUGAUUAUGAUGAUGAUGAAGUUACGAGUGAUGAAGAUAUAGAUUAG